GGGGCUGAGCUAGGAGCCGCCCUACAACCCGGCGGAGCCCGGCCCCACCGCCUCCCCUCUCGCCCCCCACCGCCCCAGCCCCACACACACCCUGCCCGGGGGCGGCGGCAGGAGCGGCGCUCCGUCCUCCAGCUCCUGCGCCGACAAGUACCAUCCCCGCGGCUCGCAGUUGACGCUGCCGACGAGCCGCGGCUCCUCCAUGGCGCCGAAGGGAGCGGAGAAGUCCCGAGAGCGGCGGGAGGCCGACCGAAGCCCCGUCCUCGGGGCCGGGGAGGAGCCGGCGGGCGCUGAGAGGAAACAGGGCGGGGCGCGCUACUCGAGGGCGGCGCUUGGGCGGGGAGGCUGGGCCUCGGCGAGCUGAGGGGAAAUGCGGCGCGGCGAGAGGCCGGCAUGAGGUGAGGCGCCCCGUUUAAAAAAAAUGAGGGGCUGGGGGCUCCCCGCCGCUUCCAACAGGGGCUGGGCGGGUGUGGGGAGCCGUUAUGGGCUUGGUUUUAAUGCUUGACUUUUUAUUGUUUUUAUGGAGGCCGCUGCGGAAAUCCAGCCGGAUGGACGGGGUAUAAAUAUUAAUUUUAUUUCUUCCUUCCCUCGUCUGACUAGGCGAAUGCACUCUGCGCGCGCUCAGAGGCACGCGUCCCUGCAGCGUGGAGGAAGAAGGGCCCUUCUUCUUGUAGGCCAACUAGGCCUCGGCCUCAGCUCCGCGCAGCAACCGCAGGGCGAGAACACCCCUAGCAGGCCUGCCUUAAUCUCAUCGCCUGUUGCAGGGUUUCCCCAAACUGGGGUUGUGUUUUUUGUUUGGACUACCAUUCCCAUCGUCCCUGGCUUACUGGUCCUGCUGGCUAAGGAUGAUGGGAGUUGUAGUCCAAAAAACCAACAAGAUGCUGGAGCCUCAAGUUUGGGAAACCCUGAUCUGCGGUGUAGUGAAGAGGCGUCGGGAUACAGUGGUGCCUCGCAAGACGAAAUUAAUUCGUUCUGCGAGUUUUUUCGUCUUGCGAAGCAUGGUUUCAAUUUUUUCAAAAAAAUCUUCAAAAACCUCAAAAAAGGCUACCACACCACGUGCUAUGAGUUGCUCCCCGAAGUCAAGUCGCAACUGCACUUCUUCAAGCAGUGCACCCUGUAUUACUGUAACGGUUUUAAGAAAAAGGAAACAAACUUGCAAGACGUUUCCGUCUUGCGAAGCAAGCCCAUAGGGAAAUUUGUCUCGCGAAGCAACUCAAAAAACGAAAAACUCUUUCGUCUUGCGAGGCAUUCGUCUUGCGAGGUACCACUGUAUCUUUUAGACUUUAGAGCACUGGUUAUGGUUGCAAAGAUAUACUAAUGACACACAUUCAUAGAUUCGCAGAGUUGGGAGGGACCCCGAGGGACAUCUAGCCCAACCCCCAGCAAUGCAGGAAUCUCAACUAGAUUAUCCGUGACAGAUGCCCUGCCUGAGCUCUGUUUGAAAACUUCCAAGGAAGGAGAUGCCCUGAGGGAGCUCUUACCGUCAGAAAGUUCUUCCUAAUGUUUAGUCAGAAUCUCAUUUAUUUUAACUUGAAACUGUUGGUUCAGGUCCUAGCCUCCAGAACAGUUGUCACUAUUAUUAUUUAUUAAAUGUGUUUUGUCACUUUAUCUCGCCCAAGGCAACCUAAAUUGACUUUGGUUGUUAUGUUCCCCCAUUUAAUAGGUCCUUGUUUUGGUUUUGGUUUCUGCUUUUUCCUCUUUUUAUUACACACUCUUUUUUGCAUGAGAAGCAAAGAUAUUUUUUAAUUAUUAUUAUUAUUACCCCACCCAUCUGACUGGAUUGCACAUUAUGGUGUAUAAUGGUUUUUGCUACAUAUUGUCAAAAUAUAAUAUUAAUACAAAAAAAUUAAACAUUGGUUGAAGAUCCCAAACCAGGGAGAAGCCCAGCGACCUUCUAGGCUGAAUUGGCUGCAUUGCCAUAACUUGCUAUUGCUCUCAAGGUAUUUCAUGUAAUGUUCAGGCAAAAAGAUAUUAUCCUUCUGCAACUUAAGGUAAGAAGAAAAGAAGAGCCCUUCUGGAUCAGGCCAAAGGCCCAUCUAGGUCCAGCAUCCCUGUUAAAAAAAAAAAAAAAAAAAAAAAAAAGCCAACCAGAUGCCUGUGAAAAGCCAGAAUGGAGGACCUGAGUAAAACAACACACUCCCCACCUGACAUUGUCAGCAACUAGUGUUCAGAAUCAUACUGUCUUCGAUCCUGAAGGAAAAUUAAUAUUAUUAUUAUUAUUAUUAAUAAUAAUAUAUUGCUUAUAACCCUAUGGGUGGCUUCCAACAGAAUAAAAAUAAACAGAAUACAGUGGUACCUCGGUUCUCAAACGGCUUAGUUGUCAAACAAAUCGGCUCCUGAACACCGCAAACCCGGAACUAAGUGUUCUGGUUUGUGAAUGUUUUUCAGAAGCCGAACAUCCAACACAGUUUCCACUUGAGUGCAGGAAGCUCUUGCAGCCGAUCAGAGGUCACGCCUUGGUUUUUGAAUGGUUUUGGGAGUUGAAUGGACUCCUGGAAUGGAUUAACUUCUAGAACCAAGGUACCACUGUAGUAAUAAAAACAGCGAAACAUCAGACAUAAAAAGCUUACUGAUACAAGGCUGCCUUCAAAAUAUAGCCAUAUUGGGAACUAUAGUUUAUCCUCUACCCCCCCCCCCCCCGCUACAAUAUGCAGCACCCUUAACAAACUAUGGCUCCCAUAAUUCUUUGGGAGGAAGCCGUGAUGGUUGAAGUGGUAUAAUGUCUUUUAAAUCUAUGGUGUGCAUGUGACCCAAGUUCUUUGCCUUCUCCUAUAUGGCCAUCUUUUGAAGAGUGCUAGCCCAUUCUCUCUCAGUCUUCUCAUCUCCAGGCUAAACAUACCUAAUAGUUUCCAUUUUUCCUCACAUCACUUGUUUUUCUAUGCCUGAUCUUCUCUUAGGAGUUUGUUUACUUAAAAUACCCGUCUACCCCAUUUCAUUUCCCAAGGAGAUAUCAGCGACAGAACCGUUGUGUGUGUGGGAAAACAAUCUCCAAAUUAAACCCAAAUCACACAAUCAAAAUAUUUCAUAGAAUUGCCAUACAAUGAAAUAUAAUAUAUUUAAAAAGAAACAGAAAAACAAUUAAAAUCAAUGUGAAUAUUUAAAGCAAUGGACGUGCCUCAUUUUCAACCACAAAUCCAUAGACAUUCUGUGGGCUACCUGCAUGAAGUUCACAAACUAGUUUGAGAACUCUUAAGGGAGGCCUAGUGUAGGAAGUGAAUGUAUAUACACAUCUGAAUGUUGCAGGAUAUGGACACAGUAGAUAUGGCUUUUGCCUUUCCACCCUAUCUAUGGGCAUCUCAAAAACAUCUGGUUGGCCACUGUGUGAUAAGGGAUGUGUCGUUUUGGACAGAUACAGGAGGGCUCUUCUCGUGUUCUUUAAAUCAAGUUUUGAUUUAAAAAGAAACUCGGUGAAACACAAAGCUAUUUGGAAGUUUUAUAUUCUAACCAUCCAGAAAGCCUAGUGCCCAAAUUAAAGAUCCCUGUGUUUGUGACCAGAGGCACCUUCUUACUUUACUUGGUACAAGGAUAAGGCUGACGGUUCUUAGGAUGUGGUUAUUCAACUGCUGAGGGAAAGAUCCUCUGCACAUGUUUAGUGAGGCCUUCACCUGUUAUGGCAUACAUUUCAGGGCCAGGGCUGCAGUCCUAACUUCAGUUAUUUGGGAAUAACUGAUUUCAAUAGGGCUUACUUUUGAUUAGACACAGUUAGGAUUGCACUCUGCCAUUGACAACAGGGCUAAAAUCUCGGGUACCAGAUUUGCUCCACAGGCUGCAGGAACCCCUAUAAGAGUUGUAGGCGGCAUAUGGGGGGAAACAGGAGGAGAUGGGGAGAAUAUUCUGUUGCACAAGCAGGAAUCCUUGUGCUUAGGAAAGUUCACAUAGCACUACUUUGGAUACAAGCCCAAAACUCCUUCCUCUGCCAAGCUUCUAAUUCGUUGCUGCAUCAGUGUUAUCUUUGGGUUAUGUAGGACAGUUUCGAAUAAUCUCAUACAAGUGCUAGUGAUUUUAUGAGAACUGUACAGACAUGUGGAUUUGUAGCAUCCCCCCCCCCUAUUUUUUUAUUGAAUGCUUACAUAAUGUCUAUAAAGUGAAUGAUUUCCCUUCUAGGAUUUUCAGGCGAUUAAACAGCUUGCCUGCUAGCCUCCUGAAAGUGAAAUAUUUUGGAACAACUGCCUCAAAUACAUCAUUUCCAGCAGUCUGGACGUUUUGCGGUCAGCCUCUUAAUAGACUUCCUGGACAUCUUGCAGCCGCUUGUAGAAAUAGUUUGUGCACUAUGCCGGAGGUACCUGAACAAAAAUUUGACCUUGACCUGCAUUCACCACAUCCCAGGGUCCGUGGAAUGACCACCCUUGACCGAGCUGCUUUCAAAAGGAAUGUUGUCAUCCCAGCUCUGAAGGUUAACAAAGACCUCCUGAGCAAGCUGGAGAAGCCUCUCAAACGAGUGCUGUUGAAGCGCCCAGGUCUCAAGAGAGUUGUUGAAGACCCAGAAGAUGAAAGCAGAAAGUUUCUUUUGUUAGAUCCUCAUGCCAUAUCCGACAGCUGUUCCCUGGGCGAAUCUGAGCAACAGAUCCUGAAGAGCUUUAACAUUAGCCCUGAGAUUGUCAAGUAUAACCAGGAACUGACAUACGACCAUUUCAAGGUGGACGAAAUUCUGCAAGCAGUGCUUCCUGAAGGUCAGGAAGUGACCACUGCAUUCAGCAGAAUUGGCCACAUCAUUCACUUGAAUCUGAGGGACCAUCAGCUGCCCUACAAACACGUAAUUGGUAGGUUAAGACUUACAUCAGAGAAGUCUUGUUUGGUUAUUUCCAAAGAAAUGACUGAGCAGUUUCUUUCUGAAGCAGGGUUAAGUAUGUCUGAAGUAUGUAUUUAAAUGUACUUUAAAUACAUGGUGUGGAUAUGACUAGAUCUAAGCUAUAAUGUCGCAAAAAUUCUGGAGAGACAAAAGUGAUCUUUCCCAUUCGUAAAGGCCUACUGAUAACUCAUUAAUGGCUAGAGGAGGGCAAGCAUUGUGCCACAUUCCUUGGCAAGGGCAAUCAGCAUUUCUUCACUAAAAAAUUUAAGCAACAGCCUAAUGGAAAUGGAGGGGGGUUUAUUUUAUAUGUUCUUUAUGAGUCUGUAUCAUAGACGUUUAAAUCACAUGCCUGCUUUUUUGAAAAGCAAAUUUCACAGCCCGUUUCUCUGCCUUUCAGGUCAAGUUAUCCUUGACAAGAAUCCAGGAAUCACCUGCACUGUAAAUAAAACCAAUACCAUAGAUAAUGCUUAUCGGAAUUUUCAAAUGGAGGUAUUAGCCGGAGAGGAGGCCAAUAUGAUCACAAAGGUACCAGGAAUUUUUAAUAAUAUUUUCUUGCAACAAAAAAAGGGGGGGAUUAAAAAUCUAACAUUGAGAAAGCAGACAAGCAAAGAGCAGACAUUGCAGAAAGAUACAGUCUGACAUAUUAAUUCUUUAUUCCUCUCUGUUCCAUAGACUUGGCAGUCUCUGUGUGUUCCCAGAUGUCCAAGUCUAGCCUAAAUGAAAUCACAAUUGUUCAUAAGACUUUGGUAGGAAGAACGUAGCUUAGUGGUGGUCAAAUGUAUAGACGUAUAUUAAUUUUUUAAAAACCACAUAAUCAAAGAUGCUAAUGAACUCUUGAAUUUUAGAACCAGUUCAGAAACCAGGUGCUGAUUUUGCUUCUUUGGGAAAACAUUGUCUUCCUUGUGCAUUAGUUUGAAGAAACUGUGGGUGGCAUUCAACUAAAUCAUUGUCCAAUUGCACAUCAAGACCGGCUUCCAUGCAGUCCCCAAAUCUGUUCUAGAGAAUUGGGGAGGAAACCCAGAACAGAUUUAGGACUUAUGAUAUGUCUUCUACUUGGGAUCUGACUGCUGAUUAGAAAAGGCAAACAUACAGCACCAUUUCUGAAUGGUACCCACAUGUAUCACAGCUUUCACCCAUGGAGUACACUUGGCUAGAGGCAUGAUCAUUUCUCAGUCACUGAUAGUAGGUUUUGCAUAUGCAAAAGAUAUUUGAUGGGAUAGAUCUUGAUGUCAUUCAUAGAAGGUGAUGCACAUAUAUGUAUUUUAUCUUCAAAAGCAUCUCAUGACUACAAAAUAAAAUGUGUGAGGCAUCCUUUACUAGGGAAUUCUGGAAGAGAGAGAUUCUAGCCUGCUAGCGAUCAUGCCAAUAUUUUGAACUCUUGCAGGUUAAGGAGCACCAUAUCAUGUACGAAUUUGAUUUCUCCAAAGUCUACUGGAACCCCCGCCUCUGCACAGAACACAUGCGCAUCGUCGGCCUCCUCAAACCAGGUGACCUUCUCUUUGAUGUCUUCGCCGGGGUGGGGCCUUUUGCGAUUCCUGCAGCGAAGAAGGGCUGCAUUGUGUUUGCAAACGACCUCAACCCUGACUCGUACAAGUGGCUGCAGCACAACUGUAAGCUAAACAAAGUGGACAGAAAAGUCAAGGUCUUCAACAUGGAUGGCAGGCAGUUCCUGGAGGAGCCGGUGAAGGAAGAACUGACCAGACAGCUUUCUUUGAAGGAGCGGAACAGCUGCCUGCACAUCGUCAUGAACUUGCCAGCCAUGGCAGUUGAAUUCUUGGAUGUCUUCAGGCACCUCUUGGAUGGAGAGCCGGGCAGCACCAGUCUUCCCACCGUGCACUGCUACUGCUUUUCCAAGCACGACAACCCUGCGCAAGAUGUUCAGGAGAGAGUCGAAGCCUGCUUGGGAAUCUCCUUAGAGGGCCUUUGCUCUGUGGAGCUGGUGAGGAACGUAGCGCCCAAUAAGGACAUGAUGUGCAUCAGCUUCAGCCUCCCAUCCAAGGUGUUGUACAAGCCGCUGUCUUCUCUGAAAGGUAAGAGAGUCAAAGAAAGAGGCAGGACUACUGCAAGCUUUUAGGGUCCCCUGUGAAUCCUUUGCCUCAGAUCGGACAUUGAAAUGGGGAUUAGGGCUGGGCGAUACCUGGUUUUCAACAUUGUGAUAUAUCACCAGUUAAACACUGUGAUAUAACAGUAUAUCACGAUGUCUGAAAUAAGGAUGGAGAUAUGCAGAAGCAUUGGCUGGCUUCACAGUUUUUCCUGCAUCGUGGUUUUUGCUGGCGCCUGUGUUUGUGAUCGCUGCACCCUGCAGGAGGCAGAGGAGAGCUGAGCAGGCAGAGUUAACAGGGCUGCAGGAAUCAAAAACAGCAUUGGCUGGCUUCACGACAUGGACUUCAAACCGGUUUUUGAUGAUAAAUCGAUAUAUCGCCCAGCCCUAAUGGUGGCCCUUAAUCUGCAUAGGAGGACGAGGGGGAAUGUAUUUCUAGGGAGGAAAAAGCAUAAAGGUCACAAAUAAAUAGUGUGUUACAGGCGCACAUGCAACUGUUUCGUUGCUGUGCAUGCAUAGGGAAGCUGCAGCCAGUCCUGGUUUCUCAGCACAUGAAUACAUAGGGAAACAAAUGUGUGUGUAUGCACGCAUGACCUAUGUGCAGUUUUCCCUGUGGGAAGUUCACAACCUGUGAUGCGGCUGCAUGUCUUGGGGCAAGUUGCAAGUGUGUUGUCAGUGCCUCGGAUGCUUAGUAAAAUCCUUUUGCUUUGUUCCUGCUCAAGUUUUGUGCUGCAGACGACCCCAAAUCCUAAGAGCUUUGGAGGUGUGCAUUGAGGUGUCACCGAUGGUCGCUUUCCAACUGCAAGCCCUUUGCCUCCCAUUGAGUUCUGCUACUGCAGAGGGUUCCUGAGCUUCGGCAGCAGCAAGAAAGGCUGUGGUGGGAAUGGAGGCAGAGCUACAAUUCCUCUACAUCCUGUCCCAGGGUCCCUUUAUUGUAUCUCACCUACCCCUCCUGUCUCCACAGCCGCUUUAUGUGAGACAAGUUUGAAAGUGUGGUUUUAAUUUUGCUCCCUGGUUCCUGCUCCCCCCCUCCAGCUUCCUUUUUUUUAGGACCCUUCCCCACCUCCAGGCAACCUCUUGACUGUGCUGCCUACAUCAUCACACAGCCUGCUGUCGCUGUAACAUGUGUAUCCACUGCCACACACAGAACCAGGCUGCUUUUAAUGCCACAUCAAACCCACUUUCAGACGUGUUUUGUGAUGCCAACAAAACUGCCCAGCCACAGGCAGGCCACUGGCACUUGCAUGAAAGUCAGGGGGCUGCUGUGUGGCAAGGGACUGGGAGAAAAACUUAAGGGUCUCCCCCUAAACUGCUAGAAAUCCACACAUGCCUCCAGAUCCAUAUUGAUUCAGAUAGUCUGUCAUCUUUUACUUGUAGGUGCAGAUAAUCCCCAGGAACCAGCAUCUAAACGCCUGCGUCCAAAUGAAGAGCCCCUUGAAGAAAAAAAUAACCUGAUGGUCUAGGAGACUUUGUGGGUACCAUUCCAGAAAUGAUGUCUAUGCAGAACUUUUAACUCCCAUCUUUCAAGGGAGGCAAGCGGAUUGCAUUUGUUCAUCAGAACUUGUAAGGACAGCCUCUGAAAAAUGGUAUUAACAGCUGCUGUGCUGAUUAUGCCCUGAUCAUCUUUGCUUCUUUUUAAUUCUGUAACAGUUGGAUGGGGUACAUUUUUUUAUAUUAAAAAAAAGAAUAUUAAAUGUUUAUUUUGCCACACUUGGUAGCAUCUUCUGUUUAGGUUGCGUGCAGUCAUUCCCCAGCCAAUGAGAAACUGAGGUGAGAGGUUAAAGGAACCAGGUGAAACAGUCUGUGUCUUUGGUAGCCUUGAAACAACACCUGUUCCUGCCCCUGGGCUGCUUCGGGAGGAAAGGCAGGGUCUAAAUUGAAUAAACAGAUGAACAUGUUUUUAGACUGACCACCUCCUGCGCAGGUUCUCUUAUGAGGUGGCGACAGCAGCAGGUCGGUCAAGGGAGCAUCAGGAAUUGGCAGUGGGCUCCCAGCUGGGAUACAGACUACAGAAAGAGUGCAGCUAAAGCUGACUCCAAAUUCCAGCCCUGCCCAUGUUUGAAUCAUGACAGAAACACAUUCUGGGUCUACUUCUGCAACCCAGACCUACCCAAGCCAACUGGUUCUCUCUGCAACACACACACAGUGUGGAAGUGCUGCUGUAAGCCUUUAAAGCCCUCUAAUGACCCAGAACCAGAUUUUUUAAAGGACCACCUUGAACUAUAUGAACCUGCCUGGGUCUUCAGCUUGGCAUCAGAGGACCUGCUCUUUAGCCUGUUGUUAGCAGAUAUUUGAUAGCUGGGUACUAGCAACAGAGCCUGGUUGACAGUGGCACUAUAACACUGGAAUUUUCUCUGGGGAAUUUAUCCAAAUCUUUCCCAUCUUUAGAUAGAUGCUGAAAGUAUCUCUCUCUCCCCACCCCCUUUUUAUUUUGUUUCAGAGAGCACUGUGAAAUUAUUUUUAAAUGUUGAUAUUAAUGCUGCUGUGCUUUAUAUUUUAAAUAUAGUUAUUUUUAUUAGUGAAUUUUAUUUUUGAGCAAGCCACUUUUGAGGUUUUUGUGGGGAGAAAGCAGGCUGUAAAAGUCAUUUAAAUAAAUAAACAACAUCAUCCCAAAUUAUAAUCAGCAGUCAUUCUGAACACAGUGCUUAUCUACACCAGUCUGUCUUGCCUGAGAAAUGUCCAGAGGCACAUUUAGGUGCUGCCUGCACUGCUGUCCAAAGUAACUCAUUGUCAUCAUUAAAUUUAUUUAUUUAUUUCAUUCAUUUAUUUAUUUUAUAUUUUCAUCAAUUUCAAAGCAAUGUACAAGAUAAUAAAACCAAUCAAGCAGCUGCUUUGCUGUUUGUGAAGAAGCAAGAACUUUCCAAACAGGCCUUGGAGUGGCUGAGUUGCAAUUUAUUGUAUUCCCUGGGAGAAAAGAACAACUGGUACAAUUAUGAGGUUAUGAUGCAAGCUGCAGACUCUGAAUAGCUUUUCUGUUCUGCUGAGAGGAAAGGGAGAGAAUCUUUUCGAUGCUUGUCCUUCUGACACUAUGCAUCAUUCCACUGAAUUAAAAUUAGCAUAUUUAGUGGUAUGGGGUUGUGGCUAAGAGACUGGGUUGCAAAUCCGGAAGUUGCAACCGCCAUGAAUUCAGGCAUUGGGCUUAGAUACGAAGCACUUGCAACUCUCCAAAGUACUGUCUAAAUCAGUGGUUCUCAAAAGGUGUGGUGCGGCACACUGGUAUGACAGGGGAGGAAGGCAGGUAUGCAGGAAGAUUCAAGGACAAACAUUUAAACAUUUCAGCAUAGCAUAGUAUAAUACAGUAUCAAAAUAUUUUUUUUAUUUGAAGAAUAUGGAUAGAUAUAUUUUCAAAAUGAGAGCAAGGGUAUCAAGUGAUAGUGAUGACAAUCCUAGUUGUGUUUUCCAACGUACUCGUAUGCUGCUAAGGCCACAGCAUUAUGGUGACAAAGGAGCUGCCCUGUCCUAUCCUGUCUGUUCCUCUGUGGCUUGCAUGCCCCCACUACUGUUCUGUCGUCAUAUAGGCAAUAUAUCAACUGCAGCAUGAUGGCACCCUUGCAAUUUUAUUCUACAGCAGGAAAGAUGAGACGUUCUUAAUAGAGCUGCUGCAUUCUGUGGCACAAUCAUUCUAACUUACAUAAUUCAGAAUGCAAAGUAGAAUGAAUUAGAAAUCAGUCCCAUAUCCGGUUCUUGUAUCGUACUUCAAGGAAGGAAACCCCCAUUUGCUUGCAUUAGGAGAAGCCAAUUUUAUGAGAUGAAAGAACUUUGCCCUUACUGCAGAGCUACAAUAUAUAAAAGUAGCAUUUCAGUGCUUGUGCAAAUAAAACCCUGAAGUGCAGCGGCAGAAUCUGCAGAAUUUAAUCACAACAAUCAUAGAGUUGGAGGAGACCACAAGGGCCAUCGAGUCCAACCCCCUGCCAAGCAGGAAACACCAUCAGAGCACUCCUGAAAUAUGGUUGUCAAGCCUCUGCUUAAAGACCUCCAAAGAAGGAGACUCCACCACACUCCUUGGCAGCAAACUCCACUGUCGAACAGCUCUUGCUGUCAGGAAGUUCUUCCUAAUGUUUAGGUGGAAUCUUCUUGUAGUUUGGACCCAUUGCUCCAUGUCCGCUUCUCUGGAGCAGCAGAAAACAACCUUUCUCCCUCCUCUAUGUGACAUCCUUUUAUAUAUUUGAACAUGGCUAUCAUAUCACCCCUUAACCUCCUCUUCUCCAGGCUAAACA